GUAGUGGCGAACAUUUCGCACUAAGUCAUUCCGAUCUCCUGUCAUGUGUCCGAGUGUCCGGAAAUAAUUUUUGUCCUAGACAAUUUUCAUUACGAACACCCUGUUUUUUAUUUUUGAUUGAUUUUUUGUCAUUCCGAACUCCCGAAUAUCGAAUUCCGAACACCUUGUCUUUUUUCCGUGUGUUCGGAGUUCGUAACGAACUCCGUUACUGGAAGAUCGUAAUGAAAAAUUGGUACGAAAUGUCCAUUUCCCUGAUCCAGGUCUGGAUCCAAAUUUUUAUACCCAAUGGGCUCUAGUAUCACCAGAUAGUGCCUUACUUAUCCAAAACGAAUAAGUUUUUUCCUGAAAAAUAAUACUGUCGUACCUUUGUCUUAGUACUUAUUGAACAGCACAAUUCUUAUUAAUUUAGUAGUCAUGUUUCGAAGCUUUCUGAUUUGAUAUGAACAAAGUUAUAUUAUUUUGAAGGAUGCAAUGCAAUUGCAAAUACAAUUCAAUGGCCAAAACCAAUUGCUUCUUCAUCAACAGCACAAGCUAUUUCCGAUUUAAUUUCACGAGUACUUGAUGGUGUUCCAAUUGCUCGCCUUUUUCAAGUUUCAAUCAAUACUAAUUUAGCUGUUAAUGGCAAAGAUAUUUUUGAACUUUCAAAUGGAUCAAUGUCAGGUUCAAUAUUAAUUUCAGCAUCAUCUGGUGUUGCUGCUGCUUGGGGUUUUAAUUAUUAUUUGAAAUAUGUAGCAGAUAGUUCAUUCUAUUGGUCAGGAAAAAAUAUUCGUUUAACUGGUUCAUCAUUAAUUCCAAUAUCUACACCUAUUCGAAUUGUUGUUAAUGAUUUAUAUCGUUGGUAUGGAAAUCCAUGUACAUUUAGUUAUUCAGCUGUUUUUUUGGAAUUUUUCAAGGUAUUUUUACGAAUGGGUUUUCCUCAAUCUGAACUUGAUGAAUAUUUUACUGGUCCUGCAUUUUUAGCUUGGUAA